UGUGAUGUAAAGCUCCAAACCGAAAGUAUUGAUCGACUGGUCACAACAACCCAUAUAUUCAUUUGAUUAUAUGUUUUGUCUUUUCAUUUUCAGUACUGUAAGUCGGCAUACGACAUGCAGCUCAGGUAAUUCUGGAGACAAAGGGGGCCACACGACCCAACUUACUGGCAGCAAAGAUAACCAUGAACGAAGCAGACGGCAAUAAUUGUACCUCUGAGACUCAGACUCUCCUAUAUAAUUGUAUCUAACCUCUUCACCUUCCUCUCUCAAUAAGCCCCUCACGCCUCCUCCUAGCUAUGGCAGCUGUCCUUUGCAUUAGCAGCAACCCAAACCCACUGGCUAAUAAAAUGCCAAGAUCAAAUCCUAGCCGUCCAUCUAGGACCACGAUGGCCAUAAUGUCGCAAGAUCAACCUUAUUGGACCUCCGUGCAUGCCGAGAUAGAGGUCCAUCUCAAGCAGCAGAUCCUUGUCAGGCCUCCACUCUCAGUGUUUGAGCCCAUGCACCAUUUCGUGUUUUCUGCCCCGCCCAGCCCUGCGCCGGCCUUGUGCCUGGCUGCGUGUGAGCUCGUAGGCGGCCACCGCGACCAAGCCAUUGCCGCGGCAGCUGCCUUGCACCUCAUGCAUGCCGCAGCUGUUAUGCAUGAGCAACUUCCAUCAACCGAUAGGCCCAAGACCAAGCCCAAACCCGGGCCCAUGGCUUACAGUCCAGGGAUAGAGCUUCUCACUGGAGAUGGAAUAUUUGCAUUUGGGUAUGAGUUAUUGGCUAAGUCAAUGGAUCCGGCCCAAAACAAUUCGGACCGGGUUUUACGCGUUAUCGUUGAAAUGACACGUGCCAUGGGGUCACAGGGCAUGGUGGAUGGGCAAUACCAUGAGAUACUGAUGCUGUGCAAACAGUCAAGGUACUACAACUACGUGUGUGAAAAAAAGGAAGGUGGGUUCCAUGCAUGUGGGGCCGCCUGUGGGGCCAUAUUAGGAGGUGCAAGUGAGGAGGAAAUAGAGAGAUUGAGAAGAUAUGGUCUGUGUGUGGGAGUGAUGAGAGCGUUUUCAAAUAGAGUUGAAGAAGGAAAUGAGAUGGAAACAAAGGAAGUGGUGAAGGAGCUCGGAAGUUUGGCACUCAAGGAACUAGAAUUUUUCCAUGAAGGAAAGGCUGAGGCAAUUUCUAGCUUCCUUCAUGUCUUGGGCCUUUGACGUUGCAAAUCGAUAUAUGAAAAUGCGAGAUUAUACGUGUAUACGAUUGAUUGAUUGAUUGAUGUAGAAUUUAUAGUAAAUUCGUAGUGCAUGUAUGCGUGGAGUGGCGGAGCCAAUAUGAGGUAAUUUGAC